CGACGCGGAAUUCGAAGUUCGACCUCGACGCUCGCAUCACCUUAAUUAACUUUUUUAUUAAUCAUUAAUACAUAGGAUUUAGAUAUGUUAUGUCAUCAAAUAAAAUGGAGGUUGUAUUUGAGAUGUAUUGUGAGAAAAUAAUGUAUGUAUACUGCACAAAAUGGUCACAAUUGUGUGAAUUAUUUGUUAUAAAGUAACAGUACUUAUAUGUAUAUUUUUCAAAAAGAGUUAAAUAACCAGUUGGAAUAUUCUGUGAAAUUUUAAUUGUAAUACAUGAUGCCAAUGUCAAAUGUGUUUUGUUUAAUAUGCAAUGUAAAUCUUGAUAUUUCAUCUUGCAUAAAUAUAUUUUGUACAUCUUUUCCUCGUAAUGGAGAGCUCUUAGUAAAUUUUGUAUCAAGAGUACUUCGUAUAGCAAUUUCUGAAUUACAAGAUUCUUAUAUGUGUACACAAUGUUAUAAUCUAUUCCAAAUGUUGGAACAAGCACAAAAGACUGUUUUAAAUAUACGUUGUGAGAUUUUAAAGAUAUACCAUACUAGUGAAAGGAGAAAAGCUAUUAAGCAAUCCAAUGAAAUUAAAUUAAAUUUAAAUACAAAUCUUAUGUUAGAUGAAAGGAAAAUAGAUGUAAAUAAAGGUAAUGAAAAUUUAAAAGAAGAAUCUAAUUUGCAAUCUAUCCAAUUUGAAGAAGUAGUAAAACAACAAAUUCAAGACAAAAUAACAAAUCAGAAUAUUAAUAUCCCAAAUGUAAACUAUAAUACCAAUAUUAAAACUAAUGUAGACACAAAGAAAAGUAUUAAGAAGAAAGUAAAUGGCUGUAUUGAAGUAGACAAUACUCAGUCAUUUGAUUGUAGCAAUAAUCAUAGUAAGGAUGAAAUUUUUAGAAACGAAAUAUUUUGUGGUUCAGUAACAUUAAAUAAUGAUAACAAUGCACAUAAUAUUGCUUCUUCUCAAGAAAAUAUGCAUGCAUUAAAAAUGCAUAUUGAAGAAAAGAAUUAUAUUUCCUCGAUAAAUUCAGAGCAGAAUGAAUCAAAAGGUUUCUUAAAAAUGGAUACUAUUUUUUCUGAUAAUGAAUUACAAGUAGAACACAUUGAUUUUGACUGGCAUGAAUUAGAUGAAAAUGUUACAGAAGUAAAAGAGAACACUGAAAGUACAGCAGUGACAAAAGUGGAACAAAUAAAAGUACCACUGGAAUCAGGAAAAAUACCAAAAUAUAAUUUGAAACCAUUAAAGUAUUCCUGUUCUACUUGUGGGAAAAGAUGGAAGACCUCAACUGAAUUAAAAACACACAUGAAAACUCAUUCUACACUGAGGCCAUAUAUGUGUGAAAAAUGUGGUCAAGCAUAUAAACAUAAACAUGCAUUAGAAGUACAUGUUGGAAUGCAUAAUGGAAUCAAUCCAUUUCAAUGUAAUUUUUGCAAAAAAUGUUUCACACAAAAAGGAGCACUUAUGAGGCAUAUACCAAUGCAUACUGGUGAAAUGCCUUACCAAUGUGAAUUAUGUGGUAAAAGAUUUGUUCAUCAUACUUCAUAUAAUAUGCAUAGAUUAUCACACAGUGGAAAAAAAUCCUACAAAUGUCAUAUGUGUGAUUUAUCUUUACUUUCAACAUCUCAUUUGAAGAGACAUAUGAGAGUUCAUACAGGUGAAAAACCAUACAGUUGCACAUUAUGCGGAAAACGUUUUGCAGAAAGAUAUAAUUUAUUUGCUCAUCAAAAAAUUCAUGAUCCACUUGAAAAUAAAACAAAGAAGACUAAUGAAAUGCAAUACCAAUGUAGUUAUUGCAACUUAAUAUUUGAACAAAAGCAAAAUUUGAAUGAUCAUGUGAAACAUCAUACUAAUUCAAAUAAUGAAUCUGAUUUUAAGAAAUCAUGUUCAGUUUCACAAAUUGAACCAGAAAAUAUUGAAUUAUCCAAAAAAAUAGAUCCUGAACACAAUUUACUACAACAAACUUGGAUUCAAAUGAAUCAUUCUAAAUUAAAUACAAUUGAUAAUCAAACAAGAUUUGUGCUCUUACAGAAUGAUAUUGAUGAAAAUUCUUUUGCAGUUACAUUUAAUGACCAAAAAGUAUCGUUGGAAAGUACAAACUAUAACACAAAUUUACAAGUAAUAGUAGAACCUUUAGGUACAUCACUUUUAAACACUAAUCUUCCUCCUACUGAUAUCAAUUUUAAUAUUUAACGAAAUAAUAUAAUAUUUUAGAAGAAAUAUUUUAAAAAAUCAAUUUAUUUUUUAUCAUAUACAUGAACGAUUCCU